UUCUUCUCUCCUCCAUAAUACAGAGAGAGAGAGAGAGAGAGAAGCACAGCGUUUUGGGCAACCGAUCAGGAAGACGGUCUUGGUGUUGUGGGUAGACGACUUGCAGGAAAAAAGAACAAAAAAAAAAAAAAGGAAACCUAGCUGCAGCAACGUCGUUGGUAGCCAAAGAUUUGCUGCAGGUUAUAAACAUGGCUUCUGCUUCUUCUUCUUCUUCUUCUUCUUCUUCUCGAGAAAAGUAUGAUGUAUUUCUCAGUUUUAGGGGUAAGGACACCCGUGAUGGUUUUACUGGUUAUCUUUAUCGUGCUCUGGAUCUAAAGCAUAUCGUGACCUUCAAAGAUGAUGAGAACCUUGAAAGUGGCCAUAGAAUUUCUGAAAUCAUGCAGGCCAUUGAGGAAUCUAAGAUUUGCAUAAUAGUUUUCUCGAAAGACUUUGCAUCUUCCACAUGGUGUUUGAACGAAGUGGUUCGCAUACUCGAAUGCAAGAGAAAUGGGAGUGCUGUUGUACCCAUUUUUUAUGGCAUAGAACCAUCUGUUGUACGAAACCAGAAGGAGGGUUAUGCAGAAGCAUUUGUUAAACAUGAACAAGACGGAAGGGAGAUGGUGCAGCAGUGGAGGGAUGCUCUUAAAGAAGUGGCUGGUAUCAGCGGUUAUGAGUCAAACAAGAUUAGGCCUGAGUACAGGUUUAUUGAAAAAAUUGUUGAAGAUGUUUUAUUGAAAUUGUCUAAAUACGUAUCAGCAAAUGAUCAUUUCAAGGGGCACUUGAUUGGAAUUGAAAAGCCUACGAAGGAAACUGAAGGAUUGUUGUGCAUUGGCUCAAUGAAUGUUCGCAUCAUAGGCCUUUAUGGCAUGGGGGGCAUUGGAAAAACCACCCUUGCACGUGCUAUAUUUCAAACCUUCUAUUGUCAUUUCGAAAGUUAUUGCUUUCUUAACGAUGUUAGAGAAGAAUUUGAAAGACAUGGAAUAAAUCAUUUGAGAGAGAAACUUCUUUUUGAGCUGUUCAAAGAUAAAACUUCUCUAAACAUGGAAUCAACUGCUAUUCAAGACAGAUGCCGCCGUACAAGGGUCCUUAUUGUUUUAGAUGAUUUGGAUGCAAUAUUACAAUUAAACAGAUUAUUACCUAAAGGGUGUACCUUCGGUGAUGGAAGUAGAAUUAUUGUCACAACCAGAGAUGCCCAAGUGCUCAAGUCAAGGGCAGAUGAACUUUACGAGGUUAAGAGGUUAAAUGACUCUGACGCCCUUACGCUUUUUCGAUUGCAUGCUUUUGGUCAAAAUUCUGAUCUUCCAGGGUAUGAAGCUUUAUCAAAAAGUGCAGCAGAUUAUGCACAUGGCAAUCCAUUAGCUCUUGAAGUCUUGGGUUGUUCCCUUUACUCCAAAAGCAUAAAAGUAUGGGAAAGUGCAUUGGAUAAGUUGAAAACAGAUCCAGACAGGACCAUUCAAAAAGUGUUGAAAAUAAGUUAUGAUGGAUUAGAUGACGAAGCAAUCCAGGGCAUAUUUCUCGACAUUGCAUGCUUCUUCGAUGGUGAAGUUGACAGAGAAUAUGUGGAAAGCAUACUACACCGCAAUGAGCAACAUUCUGAUGCAACAGCAGGAAUAAGUGUUCUCAUUGAUAAAUCCUUAAUAAUUGAAUGCCAAAACAAAUUGUCCAUGCAUGCUUUACUACGACAAAUGGGUAAAGCUAUUGUUUGUGAUAAAAACAAAGAACCUGGAAAACGUAGUAGACUGUGGAAUGCUAAAGAUGUUAGCUAUGUAUUGGAAAGAAGUACGGGAAGCUCUGAAGUUGAGGGUAUAUUAUUGAAUCUGUCUGAACUUAGAAAGGAUGUAAAAGUGAAGCCUACAGCAUUCUCAAAGAUGUACCAUCUACGAUUUCUUAGAAUGCAUUGUGACAACAGAUUUUGCAAUGGAGAAAUAUUCUACGAGAAAGUAGGAUGGGGUCCAUACAAUAGAGAAGUGCGCCAACAAAUAUAUCUUCCUUAUGAAGGUUUAGAGAUUCCUUCUGAUGAGCUGAGAUAUCUUCAGUGGGAUUUAUACCCUUUAAAAGAUUUUCUAUCAAAUUUUAGUCCAGAGAAUCUUGUUGAACUUGUCAUGCGUGAUAGCCAACUUGUGGAGCUACAUUGGGAUGAAAAUCAGCCCGUUGAGAAGUUGAAGAAGAUGGAUCUUAGUUAUUCUGAGCACCUUAUUCAAAUACCAAACUUGUGUGGGGCUAUAAAUCUUGAAAGCAUAAAUCUUCAAGGGUGUAUAAGUUUGGUCCAGGUUCCUUCAUGUUUUAAGAAUCUGGACAAGCUUGAGCUACUAGAUUUGAGUGAUUGUGAGAAUCUGAAAGAUGGGAUGGAAAAUCUUCCAUUGAAUAUGAGGGAGUUGAAAUUGUGUAGGACAGCAAUAGAAGUAUUGCCCUCAUCAGUUAGGUUUCUUUUGGGUCUGUUAGAUUUGGAUAUGAGUGGAUGCAAUAAACUGAAAUAUGGGAUUGAAAAUCUUCCAUCGAAUUUAAAGAAGUUAACAUUGUGCGGGACAGCAGUACAAGAAGUGCCAUCAUCAAUUGGGUGUCUCACGGGUCUCUCACAUUUAGAUUUGUAUAAUUGCGAAAGACUUGAAAGUCUACCGAAAAGCAUUUGGAUGUUAAAAUCACUGGAAUGGCUGGAUCUUUCUAAUUGCCCAAAUCUGUUCAAGCUUGAGGAUUGUACAAGUUCAUCUCUUCGAUAUUUGAAAAUAAGUGGUUGUACGGGAUUGAGAUCAAUAAUUGCGCUUCCACCAUCGUUAACUUGUUUGGAUGCAAAUAACUGCACAUCGCUGGAGAAAAUAUCAAUUUGGAGGACCCCAACCGUACAAGAUUAUGACCCCCAAGUUCAACAUCAAAAUAAUAAAAGUGAAGGGGAAAUUUAUAAUUUUCAGCAAUGUCUAAAAUUGGGUCACGACACAUGUAUCAACGUUAUUGCUGAUGGUGCACGCCGUAGAAUUUUCUCUGCUCAGGAUGAUAUUUCAUAUCUGGAAAUGGUGUACCCAGGAAGAGUAAUCCCACAGUGGUUCAGCCAUCGAGCUCGUGGCGAAUCAUUUAUCCAGCUUCCUCCAAAUUGGCUUAAUACUGAUGAUUCCCGCUUCAAAUUUGUCUUUGACACUGUUUUUGCGUUUAAAAUUUCUGGGCCAGAAACUAAAAUCCGAUUCAGAUUCAAUUUCACGACCAGCAUGGACAGUAGUGUCGGCGGUUCUUUCAAUUAUGAAGAUGUUUGCACGCUUCAAGUAAAUAACAGCUCAGAGCAUGUCUUAAUUAGGUAUGCGACUAUCGAUUUGAGGCAUGUAUUUGGGGUAUACUGGUCCUCUGUUUGUAGAAUGGUCACCGGGGCUUCUUUCCAUGUGUUUAUGGAGGAAGAAAAAAAAGGCAAUUGGAUGAUCAAAAGUUGUGGGCUCCAGGUUAUAAACUUCACUGCUUCACGGGAUUUGCGGUUAUGGGACUUGUCUGCUUCAGUAUCAUCAUCUUCUACUCGUCAAAAAAAGUAUGACAUGUUUCUCAGUUUCGGAGGUGACGACACCCGUAACAAUUUUAUUGGACAUGUUUAUCUUGCUCUGUGUCGUAAGCAUAUCCGGAUCUUCAAACAUGACGAAAACCUAGAAAGUGGCCAUGAGAUUUCAGAAAUUAUGGAAGCCAUUAAGGAAUCUAAGAUUUGCAUGAUAGUUUUCUCCAAAGACUUUGCUUCUUCGACAUGGUGUUUGGAUGACGUGGUUCGCAUACUUGAUUGCAAGAGAGACUGGGAAGAUAUCAUAAUACCCAUUUUUUAUGGCAUAGAACCAUCCAUUGUAUGCAAACAGGAUGGAAGUUAUGCGGAAGCAUUUAAUAAACAUGAGCAACGUUUCAAGGACAAUAUGGACAAGGUGCAGCGAUGGAGGGAUGCUCAUUGAAUUUAUAAUAUGAUUCAAAGGAUUUUGGGUAAAUUUCUCAGCGGAUAUGAUUCAAAGGAUUUUGGGUAAAUUUCUACCUCAUUGAAUUUAUAAUAUGUAUAUUGUAAAUUGUCACUUAUUUGCUUAAGAGACUAAAUAACAGAGUUUAAUGUAUUAUCAAAUCAUGCGAAAAUAUUAUAAAUCCAUCCCUUAAUUAACCAUAUUAGAUGAUAUUUUCCCUGUUAUAUUUUUUAUUAAAAAAAAGUGAUGGAAAUCACAAUUAAUAGCA